CAGUUUUUACAUUCAUCAAUUACACUGUAUGUAGUGCCUGCUUACAGAUGUAUCUAGUUCUCAAUGAUCAUUAUGAAGACAUGAGGACCAGUUAUAAAGGGAAAAUUUGUAUGGAUCUAGUUGAUAUGAUGAAUUAUACUCGCCUGAUGUGGGGAGAUGCCAAGGACUUAAAUUGUACAAAACAUGACAGGGACGACAUGCCCGUACUGCUCACAAGUAUCAUUCUACUAACCAUACCAUUUCUCUUCUACGGAGCCACCUGCAUUUGUGGCGAAAGAAAAAAGCUCAAAAUCAUGACACAGAAAAGAUUAAAGAAUCCAAUUUCAGUGGAGGUUUCUCGUAUGACCUCCAACUCAAAUUCAAACCAUGUUAAUAGUAUAUCCUGAAAUCAACUAAGGAAGACAGGAAAAAUUCUCAAGGAAAGGAUGAAACAUGACUUCUACAGUAAAAGGGAUGUUAUUGUCAAAGAUGGCAAUGAAAACACAACAAAAAAAAUGUUGAAGAAAUGAUUACAAUAAGUAGUGCUUAAACUACUUGACCCCUUUAUAGUAGGUCUUUUCUGCAAGGUCACAUUUAUGUAUAAUGUAAAGAUAGAUUCUUCCUUUUUUCCAUGUCAAGAAAAUCAUUUUGUAUGAGUCAUUACAAAGUUAUCAAACUGAAUGUAAUAUCUGAGAGCAAUUGAAAAUCUGGUAUCCUUUUACAAAAGUGGAUAUAUUUUGGAUGUAUAUCUGUUGUAAAAAAAAAAAAAUAAUUAGAAAAUUAUUUAUUUAUAGACUGCCAAGAUUUGUAUUGAAAAUUAUGUAAUACAGGAAGAUAAAAUAGCAAUAUGAACUUGAAAAUCAUUGCAAUAGGUACAUGUAUACACGAUACAGAUGGUUGUAUCAAAUGUGAAAUGAUGUUUAGAAGCUGUUUAAGUACAGAAAACACAGAUCUUAUACUGAGAAAACGUUUAUAUUUUUUGACAAAUCAUAACUGAGUAUAAUAAAUGAUAAGUCAAGUGUUUUUAAGGAAGUUUUCAUUCCUAAGGUUUAAUAAAUGUGUAUUAUCAAUUUACAGUAAAACACACUUAUUGCGAAAACGCUUAUAAUGAAUUUACACUGCUUAUAGCAAAGUGAUUUUCUUUCCCCUUGGUUUUGAAAAGUAUCAUGAACUUCACGGAUAUAACAAAAUACAUUUAUAACAAAGCAACUUCGCAAUUAGCGUGUUUUACUGUACAAGCCAUGUUUAUAAAUGCUAUUGUUACAGCUACAUGCAUAUUUACAUUGAAUACAAUGUAUGUAUUCCAUAGUAAAUGAUACUGUGUGUUUAUACCCCAAACAUAUUUUCUACUUUGGAAAAGGACUUGUAUAGUCUCAGCUCAUUUUCUCUAGUCCAGUGUGAUAUUGUUCAAAGUGUGUUUCUGGCAUAUUUUCUAUUUAUCAAUAAAAAUCUGCAUUAUGA